AACAAAAACAACCUUAUGCUAAGAUGGGUAACUAGAAAAUCACCACUCUAACCCCACUUAAGGGCCCUUACGGUACGAAACAACUUCCGGUUCAUGCAUUCGGGUGGCGCAUACACAAAAACGGGAGAAAAAGCUUGAGUAGUUUUCUUCUGGUUCACGAUUCCACCCUUUGUAGUUCGUGUUUAGGCUAGGGCGUGAAAGCGAUAAUCUGGAAGAAUUUAUGAACUGGAAAAUCCUUUCUGACAGUUUUCAUAUCGAUCUCCUAAGCUUUUAUUUUGAGGUUCUUGCUGCGUUCCGGAAGUCGACAUGACACUGGAAAAGAAAGCAUCCUACUGCAGUGUGGGGACUGAGGACAAAGAUUUACAGCUAACCGACAAACAAUAAUAGCUCCUACAUGAAUACAGAAAUGGUUGAAUUUGUUCCGACUGUCUGUUUGGAUAAAUAAUUGAAACCUAUAACUAGUUUAUUUAGCGGACAUUGUGUUGCCCUCAGUGAUGUCUCCGAGAAAACAUGGGGACAGUGAAUGGUUUGUAGCAGUGCGGAUGGAUGUCGGAACCGGUUUAUCCACAAUUUGUCCGUUUCAUCAAUGACUAUGGAUGUCAAAGCAGUUGUAGGGUUCGCCACAGUUACUAGGGGUCUCUCCCUGGUUUUGCAGGCUGUCCUGAAUGCUGCUAUCCCCGAUCAUGACGCCGAUGCCUUCAGGCCCCCCCGGACAGAAGAGGCCAUGUACCUGGACAAUGUGGUGGACUGGUUAUUUGGUGGCCUCUCCCACUGGGAUGCUGAGCAUUUCCUCUUCAUUGCAGAGAAAGGAUAUCUCUACGAGCACAACUUUGCCUUUUUCCCCCUUUUCCCCAUUGUGCUGCGGGGCUUUGCAGAGAUUCUGCUGUGGCCCCUCAGCAGCUGGCUCAGUGUGAGGGGCCGGUUGCUUCUGGCUGUUGCUCUGGGGAACAGCGCCCUCUUCCUGCUGAGUGUGAUUGCUUUUUAUGCCCUCAGCAGAGCUGUUCUUCAGGACAGACGCCUUGCUCUGCUCUCCAGCUUCCUGUACUGCUCUACACCUGCCAACGUGUUCAUGACAGCCGGAUACUCAGAGAGUCUCUUUGCGGCUCUCACAUUCGGUGGUCUGUUCCUCCUAGAGAAAGGCUUCACACUCAGAGCCUGCUUAGCCCUCAGCAUAGCCACGGCGGCACGGUCAAACGGGCUGGUUAAUAUAGGUUUUCUUUUGUAUCUCCCAUCACUGCAUGCCAUUUCACAGAUUCGUGUGUAUCGUGCAACAACUAAAGGUCACAGUAAAGUCCUCCACUAUAUCUGGGUCAUCCUCCGUCUUCUGCUUACUUCCCUCUUUGGAACUGCAGUCAUUGCCCUCCCCUUCUGUGCUUUCCAGUACUAUGGCUACCGGACGUUUUGCACCCCGUCCACCUCCCUAGAGCAGAUCCAUCCGGCUCUUUUAUCCCUGGGUGAGCGGAGGGGCUACCGUGUUCCAGAUGAAAACGGCCCACCGCCACUCUGGUGCAUGAGACCCCUCCCCUUGCUUUACUCGCACAUUCAGGAUGUGUACUGGGAUGUGGGCUUCCUCCGUUACUUUGAGCUGAGGCAGAUACCAAAUUUUAUUCUGGCUAUGCCCAUGGCUACACUCGCCAUUAUGGCUGCCUAUGCAUAUUUCCAGGCUAAUCCUGAGCUGUGUUUGAGGCUUGGACUUUGGGGGACUGCAUUGGAGAAACCUACACCAGGCUUCUUUAACCCCAAGGUCUUCGUGUAUGUUGUUCAUUCCACAGUACUCCUCAUAUUUGGAACCCUGUGCAUGCACGUGCAGGUUCUCACCAGAUUCAUGGCCUCCUCAUCUCCUGUGCCCUUCUGGAUAAGCGCUCACCUCCUCCUCCUCAACGAGCCACUUCUUCAUCGAAGGAAAACCUCCAACCCCAACAUGCAGCUUCAGACUGACCCCAAAAACUAUUGCAAGCACAUGCCUCAGAACCCCCUCCUUGCACUGCUGCCACAUUUUAAAGCCUGCUCUCCCACCACUCAGAGCAUCCUGGGUUACUUCCUCUCUUACUGGAUACUGGGCCUCGCUUUGCAUUGCAAUUUUUUGCCUUGGACUUGAUUUAAUGCAAUAAUCUGAAGGUAAAAUGCAAUAUUUCUGUCUAGGACUGGGUUGUGAUAUUUAUGAUGGAUGUUGCUGAGGAACAUCAUCAAUAGAAAUAUUUUUCACUUUGAAUAUAAAAUGAUGAUGGUACAGUUUGCCUUGAAAAAAUGGACAUCGGAAAGAAAAUAUUUUUAUGAAUGUCUGAUUAAAAAAUACUGUAGAACAAACUGGAAAUACUUUCUCAUAUUUAUGUUGUCAACCAGUUUGAGAUGCUUCAUGAUAAAAAAAAAAAAAUAUUCUGCAUUAUUAGCAAUCUGAGCAGAUGUGGUUUGCAAAUAGUAGAGUGUGAUUGCAUGGUUAUUACUUGAAAAACAUUAUUGAAACUUGCACCAGAAUUAAAAUGAUUUGUUGUUCUGCUCCUGUACUGCAUGUUUAAAACAAAUAUUCAGUCUUAACCCCGUAUGAUUUAUUUCUUAGCUGAUGAUGUCAAAAAUAAAAGCUUGCUUUAUUUUUCUCAGCUUAUAUUUUUUUAUUUAAAUUUUAACUUUUUUUUUGAGGCACUGAUGUAAAUCUUUGAAAUGUGAUUUGUUGGGAGAAAAUAUUUGUUUUCAAAAGUUGCACUGGCAAGUUGGCUUUAAAUUUUAGAUUAUUAAAACAUUUUUUCCAAAAAUGA